ACGAACGGUUGGAAUAUCUACGGCACGCUUUCUUCGUUCGGGAAGAUCCAUCAAACGGUCGUCGUUGUCGUCAGUAACUGUGUUAUCCUUUCCGUUGGUGCGUGGCGUGCGAUAUCUGCUUCCUGUGGUCGACCAGAGCGUAAAGCGGAUUUCUAUCGGCGGUCGACACUCAGUUCAGUUUGAACCAACGGACCGAGUGGAAGGACUUUCGAAACUACCGAAUCCCUCUCAAUAUCAUCAAAUCAGCCUCCGGUUUUUGCUCCCUCGCACGGUGUUAGUGAAGAUUAGGAUCCCGUUUCGAUUUCAAUUCGGAAAAAGUUACGACUUUUCUGUUUCGUCUGGCUUCGGCUGUGUUGUUAAUCGAACAGAACGAAUUGUGAAGUGUGAUUUGAAGAUAUGCAGCUCUGGUGAAGAUUGGAUGAUGAUGCUGAGAUCUCCCGUGGCUUCGAACAAGGAUUGAUCAUCAACGAUAUUUUACUGGCGGGAUUGUAACGACAACGGCGAUUGGAAGCUAACGUGCUUCACUAAUACUCUUUAAAACAAGUGUUGGGAAAGUGAGUUUUUAGUUCUAGUGAAUCUUUCAUCUGUAAGGCGAAUAGCUACCGCAAGUAUCGCCCUACAAAAGCUGUCUUCAUCAAGUGUGGAUUUUCCACUUAUGUUGUGCAAAACAUAAAACAGUGCGAAAACUGACGGGUUAAAGUGCUAGUAAAGGAGGAAAAAGUAGUGAACUUGAACGAAACUUCGGUGUUUGAAAAUUUGUGCAAAGUUAAUGCUGUCGACGUGGUGUAUGCAUGAGAUCAAUGCUUUUUCAAAGGUGGCGUUUCUAAUCGAAAAUUGAAAGCAAAUGGACGGGAAACAUGUGCUUUUGACGUGCUCCGAGACCAACCAGCUGUGAAUAUUGAAAGGCAUCUCUGUGCGGAUGAAAGCGCGACAAGCCGUCGGUAACUUUAUCCACCAGCUAAUGUGCGUCAGUUUUCAGAAGAGCACACGCAACCCAGGGUCAGUGAUUGAGAUAGGGAGAAAGACGAUGUUUAAUGAGUGCUAAUCGUUUGGGUGGUGACGCGCAUGAUAACCAGAAGAAACCCGAUCAUCAUCCGUUGAUGAUUGAAGCUCAAAGAAAGCGGAUGAAAAAUUGUGUCCUAGUGAAGAAAAGCACUCUAUGAAUGUGUCAUUAAGGAAAAUUGUCAGUUCAAGCAUGUGAUACUUUAAGCAGGAAUGUACAUAUGUGCCACGUUUUCACUGAGCAGCAAUCAAGUGUAAUGUUCCCUAUAAACAGCGAAACAUAUGUGUAAAAAGCAAAAGAAGAUCGUGGUAAUAAUAAUUUAUCAAAGUGCUCCUCAAAGUGUUCACUCGAAGCGAGUCAGUGCGUGCAGCAUUUUCCGAUUCCGUGUUCAAUGCCCUACUAGAGGGCUAUAUUGGUUUCGCUAGGGCAACUGGCACUGGUGGCAGUAUUAGCCGUCGAGAUUGCUCAGGUCGUUGUUGGUGAUGACACAGUGGUCUCGGUCGCCGCUUCCACCCACGCAGUCCUGUUUCCGGGUGUCCUGGCGAACGCAACAACAGCAGCAAAAACGACGACCGCAAGAGUUUUAGACGCACUCAGCGAAACCGUAGGGAAGCUCUUCGUAGCAUUUGCUGCCAACAGUUCCUCCGAAGCCGACGCCGUCCAGCUGGGCUACAACGGAAGCUCGACGUUUGAUAACGGUGCUGGUGGGGGUGGUGGUGGUGGCAGUAGCACAUUCAGUCGAUUGGUCCUGAAUGCUACCGGUCAGGUGUUUGAAAAUGAGUUCAUCAACGGCAGUGGCAGUAUUAGUGGCAGCACCCACGCCGGAACCAGCAUCAACAGUAGCUACAACGAGUCCUACAGCGAAAUGCCACAGAUCCCGGAGUAUAUACGGGCGACAUCGAUGGUGUUCUGCAUCAUCAUCAUGUGCCUGGGUGUCAUCGGAAAUAUUAUGGUCCCGAUCGUCAUCCUCAAGACGAAGGAUAUGCGCAACUCGACCAACAUCUUCCUAACCAACCUAAGCAUCGCUGACCUCCUUGUUUUGCUCGUCUGCACACCAACCGUACUUGUUGAGGUGAACUCCCCACCGGAGGUGUGGGUACUGGGAGAAGAAAUGUGUAAAGCGGUACCCUUCGUGGAGCUGACGGUGGCCCAUGCGAGUGUCCUGACGAUCCUGGCGAUAUCCUUCGAGCGGUACUAUGCCAUCUGUGAACCGCUCAAGGCCGGUUACGUCUGCACCAAGGCUCGGGCUCUGAUGAUUUGUCUGGCCGCGUGGACCGUGGCAGCCAUCCUGACGAGCCCGAUUCUGAUGAUCUCAUCGUAUGAAUACGUGGAGUACGUCAACGGAAAAAUGGUCGCCUCGUGUCUCACGCCAGUGGAAAACUUUUGGCACGCCACCUUCUUUGUGGCCAGCAUCGUGGUGUUCUUUAUCGUACCACUCCUGAUUCUGGUGGUUCUGUAUUCCGUGAUUGCGAAAAAUCUGAUGGACAAUCCCGGUAUCAUAAUGUCCAAUGCCAGCGGCAAUCGGAACAAUGUCAUCAAAUAUCGCAAACAGGUCAUCUUCAUGCUCGGAGCAGUCGUGGUCAGCUUUUUCUUCUGCCUACUUCCGUUCCGGGCACUUACCUUGUGGAUCAUAAUUGUGCCCAGCGAGAACAUCAUUUCGAUUGGGAUUGAACGGUUCUACAUUCUGCUGUACUUUUGCCGAAUAAUGCUGUAUAUGAACUCGGCCAUCAAUCCCAUACUGUACAAUUUGAUGUCGUCCAAGUUCCGGAAUGGGUUCCUGCAGCUGUUGGGAUGUGGCAAAAUAAUCCGAUCGGAUAGCAUUUCUUCUGGUGCCAGGAAGGGAACUUUCCACACGGCAUCGACAAAUCUCAGCAGUUCUCACAAUAGUUCCUACCAGAGACGGUUUACCAGAGAAGGAAGUUGCAUAAGCGGAAGCAUUCGAGCGGUUUCAGACAAUAGCCGGAGACGAUUACUUCACCAGCGGCACAGUAGUACGAUAUCGAUCAGAUCAUCCCAUGACGAACAUAGCGGAACAGGAGGUGGUGGAAGUGGAGUCCCAAUUCAAACCGGAAACGGCACAAUCGAAACCACUCCACUGAAGGCGGACAAAAUUGAAGAACUAGACGAAACGACAAACUCACUGCCAAAUGGUUACGGUUUCAAUAGGUUUAAGCAUGUCGCCAGCGCAGCCGGUGGCAAUAGUUGUAAUGUUAGCUUUAAGACUACAAAUAGCUGUAACGGCAAGACUAGUCAUCGGAUGAAUGGAACAGUUUCGGUAGAACCGAAAGCCGUUCACCAAGCGGACAAUAAAUAUCUUAUAGUAAGGGCAGCAGUAGUAGUGAUGCGGGAGGUAUCCGAGGAAAACGGAAAGCCGCUUCCGCUGUCGUCUUCUCCAAAGUCGCCGCCAGCAGAAAACGGUUCGACGGAAGCGGAAGUUACGCUAAUUCAGAGUGCACGCGGAAGUGAGCAAAUAGUGUCUAUCAUCACUGCCAAAGAGCGAGCGAAUGGAAACUGUGUCAAUAGGACACAGAGAGCUGAUACGAAGAAUACGAACGAGGAUGCGGUAGCUUUUGAUGAGAUUAAUAAAAUACGGCAGUUCUACGGCUCGAUGGAAUGUGAUAUCUAGGCAAAGGGGUAGGCUUUUUUAGGAAUGAUGUACAGGAUACCCUCUUAAUUUGGGGGAUUCUGUUUCAAAUGGUGUUAAAAUGGAAUCAUAUGCAAAACACAAAAUAGAGAACUCUUUAGUAUUGACUAAUACAUUCUAUUUAUUAUGUAAGAGAAACGAAAUCAAUUUCUGUAAUAAAACUGUGUUUGAAA